CAAUAUAGGGUUGUUGCAAAUAUUAUUUCUGCGUGAAAGAAUUGUGUUUCAGUGUAGAAUAAACUGUGUGGGAUGCUUUGCCUCUGGCGCGCUGUGGUUGGCGCAGUGCAUUUGUUGUUGUGAGUAGUUUUGUAGCAUCAUCACAUAGGGCUUUUCUUCCCUCUUGACAGACUACCGCACCAACACUACCAACCAACACAACUUUGCGAUUUCGUGAGUUUCACACUUUCUUUUGGGCUUAUAUGAAAGCGCAGGUGCUCCUUUGUUUGUUGUUUGAACUUUGGAUUGUUUGGGGUCGGUUUGGUGUGUUUAUUGUGUCAAGCUGUCUUUUGUUUUGGUUGCGGGCGGAGUCCGUAGCAACAGUCUCAAUGCACAUCUGAGCCUUCGCAUGUCUUUUGUCUUUUGGGUUCCUCUGUUGGCUUUGUUUUUGCAUCAGGUUGCUGUAUGACUGGCUGACAAUCCACACUGCUAUAGAUAUCGCCACAUCAUGGCUCGUCAAAGCGCUGUUUCUGCACCCAUUCUACAUCACACCUACUCUUGCCAUGACCGUCAUGUACUCCGUCGUGCAUUGAGAAUACUCAAACGAGCUGGGAGUCCUGUUAUCCCUGCUGCUGAAGAGGUUGCUCAUGCCGUCAACACCAGAGAAGGGGUGAGUGGUCGCAGCUUGCAGCAGCAUCUGCGUGCCACUGGGGUUCUGGCAGAGGAAGGCAGCAGGGUUGAGGCUGAUGAGGCCGCUAUGCGGGAGCAAGUGGUGGAAGCUGAGAAGAGGAAACUGGAUGACGAGGAAGAGGUGUUCUGGGCAGAUAUGUCAGGUGUGGACUGGCGCCAGCGCUGCUUGCAGCACUUGGCACAGGACCCCUUGCAUGUCUGCAAGUUUGCUGGUCGCGUUGACAAGUGCAGCCGCUGUGUCACACAGGGUCGGUCUGGUGCGGCCUGUGUCGAUGUAGGUUAUCCUUCCACUUUUCAGGGUGGUGGUUUGUUUGCUAAUGUGCGCAGGUUCCUGAGUGUUGUGAGGAGGAGGCUCAGCGUCUUCUUUACUGUGCGCACCAAGCUCGGCACUAUCAGUCGUCCAUUGCUCUUGAACAGGUUAGGACUGCGGUGGUGUUGUUGGGUUGUCAUAUGCAACAGCCGCGGGUGCGUCGUGCUGGUGUUCCUGUUGAUGAGGUGCCCGAAGAUCACGUGCAGGUGGUUGUUCUGAUGAAAGUCAAGGUGGAUUAAUAGUUGGUCCGAUUACCAAGGCCGACAGACCUCUCAUAUACGGACACACACACAUUCGGUUAAGAUAGCUAAGCACUCGUUCCAUCACCCUUGUGACUAUAGAGAUCAAUGUCAUCCUCCUAGUGUAAUUAAGAUUCGUCGCCUAUAGCCUCGUGCAGUCCGGAUAAUCGACUCCCCCGACUUCCCCGAUA